GUUACACCUCAAAUGCCUGCAAGAUGCUAAAGGAAAAUACGAUAUUUUGGAAUCUAUGUGAAGAACACCGCGUCCUUAAAAACUCUCUAUAACAUAGCUGACUCAGAAUGGACGGAGGAGCUAAGAUGCGGACCAGAUGUCACCUUUUGGACUUGCCCUGGGAGGACGUUCUUGUUCCCCAUAUUUUAGGCUAUUUGCCCCUGCAACACCUUGUCAGCCUGCAGAGGGUGAGCAAGCAGUUCCACAGCCUCAUCCAGGUGUAUCUGGCCAACUGCAGGACUUUUGAUCUGUCCUCGACUGGACCGUCCAUUCCCAGGGAGGCGUUUUGCUCCAUGUUAAAGGACAACAAAGUUCUCCACAGCCUGUCACUUCAGAACUGUUCAGAUUGGGUGUCAGACAAGGAGCUGCUGCCAGUUAUCAGCCAGAACCAGCAUCUGCAGAGAGUGGACAUGAGCGGGUGUGUUUGGCUCACCCGCCACUCCCUGGUGGCCGUGUCCUUGAGCUGCACACACCUCCAGCACCUCGGCCUGGCGCACUGCGAGUGGGUGGACAGCCUGUCCCUGCGCAGCCUGGCUGACCACUGCGGGGGGCUGCAGUCGAUCGACCUCACCGCCUGCCGCCAGCUCAAGGACGACGCCAUCUGCUACCUGGCCAAGAAGUGUUUGAAGCUGAGGUCUCUAUCUUUGGCAGUCAACGCCAACGUCACUGACGAGUCGGUGGAGGAGGUGGCCAAGAACUGCAGGGGCCUGGAGCAGCUGGACCUGACAGGUUGCCUGCGGGUCAGGAAUCAGUCCAUCAGGACUCUUGCAGAGUACUGCCCGAAGCUGCAGUCCCUGAAGGUGAAUCACUGUCACAACGUGACAGAGUCAAGCCUGGACCCACUACGGAAGCGCAAUGUAGUGAUAGACGUUGAGCCGCCUUUACAGAGGGCUCUGGUACUUCUUCAGGACGUGCUGGGGUUUGCUCCCUUUAUCAAUCUCCAGAUAUAGCCAAAGGGCCAUCUAUCUGUCUCAGCAAGAGCACACAGGCAGGUGUCCUCAUCAAAGUGAUUACUCUCAGCUGCAUCAUAAGGACAUGUGAAAAAUGUCAAGAUAAUCCAAGAAGACCUGGAUGUUUUACAGUCAAGUUUGGACAGAAAAACUCACUGGAAUGUCAUGAAAGAUGCGCAUUUACGAUGGAACUGAAAAUAAGUCGAAAGCCAUGUACUUUUAAGAAUUGCUGCCUCGUGUCCAAAGGAUGUCACUGCAACCUUUGUUAAUCAUUCAGUGUUGUAAUAAUGUGGCUUUGUAGAAAAGCAAUUCUAACCAAAGUACAGUGUAUUGUUUUGUUGGUUUUUAAACAAAGUACACAUUUUACUUUGUGUAUAUGACACAUAAGAAACAUUUCUUGUAUGUUUCAUUAAGAAACAUUUUAAAAAAAAUGUUUGAGUUCAAUUGAACAUUUCAUUUUGCAUGUAUUCGCCAUCUUGAAGGAUCAACAAAUGGCAAAAAAAUAGUCACUUAGCACUACUUGGUUGGAGUGGUUUUAUUAUCUCCACUACUGAGACUUCUGCUGCCACCACAGUAUAGUAAAGGUGUCUGUGGUGCUGACCAUGUGUCUUCCAGAAACAAUGUCCUGGGCUCCUCAGCAGGACAAUCCACAGACCUCACUGUCAAUAGUUUUUAAAUGUUUCCCAGUGGAAACUGUUGAUCAGCUUUGUUGCUUCCAGUACACUAAACUGUCUGCAUGGCCAGCAAAGGUUAGUGGGGAAAAUGUUUGUAUAUGAUGUUCGUGACGUCGGGGGAAGCAACCCUUUAAUCCACAUUGUUAAGAAAUGCAUACUUGUAUAGCCUCGUAUUUGUUUUAAAUAAGUGUAGGAUUUUAUUAUGACUGUUUCCUGUCAAACCCUUGAAAAUAGUUUUGUUAAAAGUACCUGUGCUGAAAUGCUGUUGCCCAGUAACACAGUAUAUGAGUUAUAUAAGAAAUAUUAAAUUGUAAAAUACAGUUCCAUCAGGAAUGACUGAUCACUUUUUCAAUGCAUGAAGAAGCACAAAUCUGCUCUGAUCUGAUUAACUGCUACGUAUAUAAAUAUCUGAACUUAUCUAAAAGUACUGACCAGAUUAAAAAAUGCAUGGGCUGAAAUUCAAGUUAUAAUAGAAUGUCAAUUUCUCCAAGC